GAAAGGAGGAGAGAAGCCGCCACUUCCUGUGUGCUCUGCGUUCCGCUGACUGCAGCCUGCUUUCCGAGUCCGCACCGGGGAGAACCGAAGCUCCCGGUGGUGGCUGAGGGCUCGUAGGUGUCCGGGACCCCGCGCUGAAGCAGCAGGAGGCGCCAUAAAUGUCGAUUGUUUACAUCGGCGGGUCAAGCCUUCCUCUCUCCCCCGCCUCGCAGCGACUCCGCCGCAGAUAGCGCCAGUGGAGCGGGGCUGAUGGCCGCGGAGCUCGGCCCGGCCUUCAUCGUCACCGCCGGUACCAGCACAGAGCUGUGAGCGGUUCUCCAUCCCGGAGGAGCGGAGGAAGCAGACACGGGCCGCGGUGCACGGAUGUGCUGACCCGGAGAUGGCUGUCCUGAAGCUGGCUGAGCAGCCUCCUCUGAUCCAGGCGAUCUUCAGCGGAGACCCUGAGGAGAUCCGUAUGCUCAUCUACAAGUCUGAGGACAUCAAUGCUCUGGAUGCAGAGAAGCGCACCCCGCUGCACGCAGCAGCCUUCCUGGGCGAUGCAGAGAUCAUUGAACUCCUCAUCCUCUCUGGGGCCCGGGUCAACGCCAAAGACAACAUGUGGCUCACGCCUCUGCACCGCGCCGUGGCGUCACGGAGUGAGGACGCUGUUCGAGUCCUGAUCCGACACUCUGCGGACGUGAAUGCUCGAGACAAGAACUGGCAGACGCCGCUUCACGUCGCCGCGGCGAAAAAUGCGCUGCGGUGCGCCGAAAUCAUCAUCCCCAUGCUGAGCAGCGUGAACGUGUCGGAUCGCGGCGGACGCACCGCCCUGCACCACGCCUCUCUCAACGGCCACGCCGAGAUGGUGAAUCUUCUGCUGGCCAAAGGAGCAAACAUCAACGCCUUUGAUAAGAAGGACGGCCGGGCGCUGCAUUGGGCCGCUUUCAUGGGUCACCUGGACGUGGUGUGUCUGCUGGUCGGUCAGGGUGCGGAGGUCAGCUGCAAGGACAAACGAGGGUACACGCCGCUUCACGCCGCCGCCUCCAGCGGGCAGAUCGCCGUGGUCAAACAUUUCCUCAACCUGGCGGUGGAGAUCGACGAGCCCAACGCGUUCGGGAACACGGCGCUGCACGUGGCCUGCUUCAACGGGCAGGACGCCGUCGUCAGCGAGCUCAUCGAUUACGGCGCCAACGUCAGCCAGCCCAACAACAAAGGCUUCACGCCGCUGCACUUCGCCGCUGCCUCCACGCACGGAGCGCUCUGUCUGGAGUUCCUGGUCAACAACGGGGCUGACGUGAACGUCCAGAGUCGAGACGGGAAGAGUCCUCUUCACAUGACGGCGGUUCACGGACGAUUCACGCGCUCGCAGACCCUCAUCCAGAACGGCGGCGAGAUCGACAGCGUGGACAAGGACGGCAACACGCCGCUGCACGUCGCCGCCCGCUACGGCCACGAGCUCCUCAUCAACACGCUCAUCACGAGUGGAGCGGACAGCACCAGGUGA